AUUUGAAAGGAAAACAAAACAAAUAUCAGCAAACAGAUAAGAAACAACGAAAAAAAUGGAUGAUACUCCAAUUAAUUUGGAAAAUAUUUUGGAACAGGCACCAAAGUGGACAUUUGCUGGUGAUUUUACUCUUCUACAAUGGAUGAAUCAAAUAUCACAGGAUUUGGAAACUAGAGCUACAAAAACUACAGAGGCUCUUACCAAACUCAACAACAAUGUUAGAUCAACGAAUAUAGCAUUGGAUAAUGUGGCAAAUAGUCUCACCACAUUACAGUUUGGUAAUCAGUUUGUUGAAUGUCGAGUGCAAGAUGAUGAUGAAACAUUGGCAAAUGCAAAUGAGGCCAGCAGUGAUGGUGAAAAUAAGCCUGAACAACAUACACCCACAUCUAAAGAGAUGCUUAACAAAUUCCUGGAUAAUAAUCUCAAAGUUCUUAGAAAUUGCCAUGAAAAAUAUUCAAUAGACCUCGACGAUUCUGAUGAGGAAGAUGAAGGAAAAUCUAAAGAAAAAACAUGCAUUUAUCAGCCAAUUAACCCCUAUAAUGAGAAGCCUCUACCUUAUAUAUUUGGCUCUAAAGAUUGGCAUGCCAAAUGGCAUGUGGGUCUGUAUGAAAAUCAACAAGAAAAUAGUUAUUCUGGUGAUGAAAUAUCCGAAGCAUUUUCCGAAUCAUCAUCAACUUCGCAUUUGGAUGAUAAUGAAUCAUUUGAGUCGAAUACAGAAUGGGCGUCCAGUAAUUCUAUAGACAAUGACAAUAUAAAUACCAAUAUCGAAGUCAAAAAUGCAUCAUCAUUGCGGGGAUCUCAGGCUUUAUAUCCGGGAACACCUAGUUUACCCAUCAAGGCCAUCAAAAACAAAUCUACAAUUAGUGAAUCGUCCUCUCUAUCUACACCAUCCUCGUCAUUGGUUAAGAAAUCCAUACACAUCACAAAACAAACUGAAAACGUAACUCAAAGAUCAGAGAGUAAAAACUCGAUAAAUUCGAAAAAUUCCACAAAAACUCCAGCUAAAGUGUCAACUUAUAAUAAGGAAAAUACUAUGCAACAUAAACAACAAGCUCAGCCAUAUUUAGAUUUAUUUGCUGAACCACCAUCAAAUGAAGAAGUUGAAUCUACAACAUCUUCAUCAGUGUCAUCAGCACAAAAUGUCAUACCCCCUCCGGAUAAUAAUCGAACUAUUACAACAGAAAGACCUUCUGCUUUUAGAAGAUCACAGCCACCACCCUUUGUGGAUCUAUUUGCUGAGCCACCCGAAGAUAUACCAUCAUCUACCACAUCUUCCUCAAUAUCUUCUGGUAGGAAUAUAAAACGUAAGACGGUUAAUCUAUUUGAUGAUGAUGAAGACGAUAUGGCUAAAGACGACUUAUUAUCGGUUUUAACUAAAGCACAGGAAUCUGUCAAACCUACAAAUGACGAAAAUAAAUCAUUACCGCCAGCUAAAACAAACAUUGUUGACAAACCUUUGAAAGUUUCUAAAACUCCCAAGUCAUUAUUCGAAGACAGCGAUGAUGAGGAUGAUGAUUUCUUAAAGGCUUUUGUGCAGAGAUCAUCCUCUAAAGAAGCAACUAAAACCUCUUUAACCAAAACUUUAUUAUUUGAUAAUGAAUUCCAAGAACCCUCUUUAAAUACAAAAUCAAUUACAAAUUCCUCUAAAGAAGCAAGUAAAACCACUUUAACGAAUGCAUUAUUAUUUGAUAAUGAAUUACAGGAACCCUCUUUAAUUACAAAAUCCCUACCAACUGAUAUUGUAGCGAAUCAUAAAACACGAAAUAUAUUUAAUGAUACGAACGAUAAUGGAGACGAUUUAAAUCUCAGUAAAACAAAGGAUGAUCCCAAAAAACCCAUGCAAAUGCCAAAAGCUGAUGCUUCUAAUAAAACUGCGGUUGAAAAGACAAAUGUCGGGAAGUCUGUAAAUUUAUUUGAUGAUUUUGAGGAUGUAGAAAAUAUAGAUAAUUUGAAUAAAGAGAAAAAACCAAAGAAAAUAAAUCUAUUCGAUGAUUUAGAAGAAGAGGAUGUAGAGGAUUUAUUUUCGAAAAAACCGAAACAAACAAGCACUAAGGAUAUUUCCCAAGAAAAUACUUUGAGGGAAAAUGUAGCAAAAUCAUUGGAAGUUGUAAAAGAGAAAAAUAAUUUAGAAACAAACACGAUUUACAAUACGUCAAUUGUUAAGGAUACACCAACAAGUGAAGUAACUACAACUGAUGAAGAUCACAAUAAGUCAAAUAAAAUUGCCAUUGAAGAUGAUAAUAUUGAUCAGAACAAAACUAUGCCCGAAAUAACAGAAAAUAAAGAAAACAAUGUUUCAACUGAAAAUGAAAACAAAGAUCAAACGCAAGCUGAACCAUUUAAAACUGAAGAUAAAUUACUUGAAUCAUCAAGCUUGGAAACAAAGUCAAUUGAGUCAAAUCAUAAAGAGCUAAAUAACAAUGACAAUAUAUCAAUAAUGCAAGAGAAUAAUGCUACGGAUUCAUUAAAUGAAACCCAGCAACCAAGUUCAUCCAAUAAAUACGACUUUAAUUCAGUUCUAUUAUUUGAUGAACCACCUGAAGAUGAUGAUGAAUUUUUCGAAACGCUUAGUAAAACCCCACUAGCACAUAAUACCAAUUAUAAUGCCAUAGAUUUGGAAAAUGAUAUUUAUGAACCUGAAUUACCCCAAGUACCUGUGGCUAGUGCCAGUAACAAUCUAGCAGAUACUAUAGAUAAUCGACAAAGCAAAUUGUAUACGGGUUUACAGUUAUUUAGCGAUGUACCUCCCGAUGAUGAUGGUGUUAGUGAUACUACAAAUCUUCCGCCUGAAUCCAAUCAAACUAAACGUUUGCAUAGUGUAUUCUAUGAUGAUUUUAAUGAGACAUUAAUGGCUUUAAAUCAAAAUAAAAUAGAAAAAGACAUUCCUAAACAUUCUAUAUUCAGUGAAGAACCGCCACCAAUUAAUGAAGAAUUAAAUUCCUCAUCUAGCAAAGACUUAAUAGAUCAUAAAGUACCUGAAGUUAAGCAAGAAUUUAGCCACGAUGAACAUAAAAUCAAGGGUUCCCAAAUUGCUGCUAAACUUGAAGAAACUUUGUCCAAAUCUGAUAAUAAAAAGGACUCGACUGCUUCUAAUAAACGUCCAGUUUCUAAAUUACAAAUGCCCCAUAUUAAUAUAAAUGUUCAAGCUCUAUUACCAGGAGCUAAUAACAGUUUACGCAAGGUUAAAGAGGAUACUACAAAGGUAAUAGAUCAAGGUAAUGCUACUAUAAAACCAGCCUUAAGCGUUUCACCAGCAUUAACAACUAAAAAAGAAGCAACAGUUUUAACAAAUCAAACAGUAGAGGUUCGUAAAACUGCCGAAACUGAACAUAUUUUACCCAGCGUGACCAAAAAUCGUGUUAGAGGCCCAGCUGCAAGAAGACCGUCUACACGCAGAGCCAGACAAGAAAAUUAUCGCAAGAGUUUAAUCGAAGAAGCAGCGACUUUAGAAAGUGAGGAUGAAAAGAACGAAGUUCGAAACCAAACAAUGCAAACGAAAACAAACAUUCCUAAAAACCCGUUAACACAAGUUCAACCGGAAAAUAAUAACGGAGAAAUUCAAAAACAAAUGGCUACAGAGGAUAUUCCCAAGACAUUAAAUAAGUGCUCUAAAGAGGAACCUGCUUUACCAUCAAUUUUAUCUGACAAAAAAGGUACAGAUAAUUCUAAAAUAUCCAAUAUAAGCAAAAGUACAACUUUGGAAAUUAAUAAAAAAAUUAAUAAUGAAGACCUCUCAACACCAUUACCGUCAAUUUUAUCUGACAAUAAAGAUACAGAUAAUUCUGAAAUAGACAAUAUAAGCAAAAGUUCAACUUUGGAAAUUAACAAAGAAACCAAUAUUUUAAAUGAAGGACCACAAAGUUCUUCUUCAACUCAGAAUAAUCAAAGUUUAUCAAAAACACCAGUAUUUGAUAAAACCAAAGAAAAGAACAGUACGGAUAUAUUUAAACAAAUCCAAAGUACGAAUAAAUUAAAUAAAAAUGAUGAUAAUAAAAGCAAAUCGGCACAAACAAAGAGUAUAUUAUUUUUUGACGAUGAUGAGGAAGAAGAUGAUGAUCUAUUUAAACAUAUCAAAACUUCGAAAACAAAUGUUAACAAGGCACAAGCAACAACAAGAGAAACCAAUGCAAAGUUACAACCUGAUAAGAAAAUUGUGUCUAGCUCGGCAAAUCUUCUAGCAAACAACACAAACAUGGAAGUCACAAAAGAGGUUACAGUACCACCAAUUCUAAAUUCAACUGCAGCUACUCACAGUGUAACAACAACGACAUCUAACUACAAAAAUCAGCAAUCAUCAAAAGAUGACAAACAAUCUCAAUCCAACAAAAAAUCCUCAACAAAACCUGCAUUUUUGUAUGAUGAAGGUGGUGAUUUAUUUAGGAGAACCGAUCAAAAGCCCACAACUUCAAACACAUUUAAGGACAGCAAUAGCAUAGCCAAAUCUCAAUUUAGAUCAUUUUUAGACAGUGAAAGUGAUGAGGAUCUUAACGUAGCUGGACUACAAAGUCCAACAUCAACUCAUACUAAAACAUCAUCCUCCACCAAACCUCCAAUAGUUUCAGCACCUCCGCCCAAAAAUUCGACUGCAAAAUUAUUUGCCGAUUCUGAUACAGACAGUGAUGAUUUGUUUGGAAAAUUAGCCUCAGCUAAAACAACUAAAACUACUAAAACGUCAAAUAAAAAAGUUUCAUCUGAGUCUACUUCAAAAAGCCAAAUUAAGGCUCCAGCUAAAUCUUCUUUAUUUAGUGAUGAGAGUGAUGGUGACGAUUUCCCUAUAUCAUCAGGUAGUAUUAAGAAAAAUACAGUGCCUAAAAGUACGUUAAAGGAUAAUAAGCCCAAAAUAAAUACUCAAACGAAUACGAGCCUUUUCAGUGAUGUGGACAGCGACGAAGAUGAUUUAUUUGGCAGUGGAACUGCAAAAGUUUCAACUACAACUGGAACAAAUAUACCCAACUCUAAAGCACCGUCAACAACUAAACCGUUAAUUUCUACAACCGAAGUCACUAAACCGAAAACUGUAGCAGACAAUCCUUUAGCAGAUUUAUUAUAAAUUUUAAAUUAAUAUUCCCUAAUUGUAAAACUUUUAGCUAUAAUAAUUGAACAAAACUCAAACUGUUAUUUACUAUAUAAAAAAACGAAAAAGUGCAUUGAAAUUCGUAAAACGAAUUAAGUUUAUUUUAAAAUAAUAAUUAUUACGAGUAUUUACAUAUAAAUUUCUUUAGAUAAACUUAAAUUUAAAUUAAAUAAAAUAAUCGUUGUAUUAAAUGAAUUUUAAAAUUAAAAAUAAUAAAAAAAAAAUACUUUAAAAUAGUUAAAUUACAUUAAAUUUACAAUUUCAUUUAAGUAAAAUGUUCAAUUUAUAUUCUUACUUUCUUCUUUUUUAUUUUCUUUUUUUUAACAAUUGUAAUAAACUAUAGUUGGUUUUUAACUUGAGUUAGUUUUUCGAUCUUUGGCUAACGUUUAAAAUGUUUUGCAUUAAAUUUAUUCCUUUAUUUAUAUAUUUUAUUUAAUUAUUUUUUGUUUUAGCAAUAUAAUAAAGUAUUAAAAAAACGA